AUGAACACAGAGAGAGGAAUUGUGGUUGGUUUGGCCGCAGACUGUAAAUUUGUCGCCACGAAAACAGAUGUGAGUGUGAUUUUUUCUCGUAAAAAAUUUAUUUUUUUUUAUUUUUUUAUUUAGGUGGUACUAAUGCGACCAGAUGUAUAUGAAUACCAAUUAUAUCAACUCGGAGAUUGCCUAAAAUUUUCAGCCCGAUGUCUUGUGCCACGAAAUGGAUUGGAUAAUUGUCAUAGACGAAUAAUAUCGUGUGAAAGAUCCGAGAAAUUCGUUGAAUGGGAGAAUAAACAUCGAACAAAUAAUAUUGCGAUAAUUUCGGAGAUAAUUGGUGUUACAAUGAAAAGAAUUCCAUAUUCAAAUCGAAUUGUCAGAUGUUUUCAAACCAAUUUUCUAGAGGUAUUGUAUUUUUCUGAAAAAAAAAUUCAGUUUUGAAAAAAAAUCAUAUAGGAAGUUUAUGAAAUCGGUGAGCAACAAUCAAGCAAAUCAGUGUCGGAUUAUGAGAUAGCAAAGAUGAAAGUAGUCGCCACUCGAGUUCUAAAUGAUCAGAAGAAAUUUAUUUGGUGUGCUGUGAAUUUGAAACCAAUUUUAUUCGGAAAUAAUGAAAACGUGGGUUUUUUUUCAAUUUUUGCGUGUGAAAAAUGAAUGAUCAUUUCUAACAUUUCAAGAAGAUGAUUCAACCGCCCAUCAAAAAAGAACGAAUCACUUUGAAAGGAAUUGUCUUGGAUUUUCUGGACGAUUUAAGAGAAAUGUAUAUUUGGGUGCCUGGAAGAUCGAGAAAAAUUCUGAUUCCCCUCGGCUUCCGCGACAAUUAUCCAAUCAACUUUUUCCAUGGAACUUGGCUUCAAUUCAGUGUCGAUGUGAAUUAUAGGAUUGAUCGAAAUACUAGUUUUCAAAAAAUCAAUGAUUAUUUUCCCACGAGGUUUUUAUCGAGUAAACGACGAUGGGAAAUUCGAGUUUCUGUGUAUUUUGAUUGUCGAGAAUGGAAUGGUAAUAGAAUUGUUGAAUUAGAAAGUGGAGAAUGUGGAAUUAUCAUUGAUGAAUUAAAUGUUUUGAGUAAGUUUCAAUAAUAUUUAUACUAGAAAACUUUUUCAAAUUUUGUAAAAUUCAGAAUCUUGCAAUCGUUUAUUCACAUUUUCCGAUGAUGCUUGGGUUUUCUGUGAUCGUGGCGGAUUUAUUCUAUCGGAUAAACAAGAACAAUGGACCCCAUCUGGAUCUAUUCGAUUUGGAUCAGGAUCUUCGUUUGAAGAAGAAGAUCUACCAAGUUCUUCCACUGAAACUUCUCGAUUUUAUGUGGAAGAAUCGCCAAGAACAUCUCAACCACAAUAUUCAGAGAGCAUUUCUUCUUCAACUCCCGAACAUCAUCCUCGAAAAAGAGAAAAUCUUCACGAAAUCCGAAUAAAAAUCAAAAAACUCCAAAUGAAACGCGAUUAUUUAUCGGAAAACAGUAUAAAUAUCCCCGACAAAAUGUUGGAUGAUUUAAAAAAUCUGAAAAUCGAGGAAAAGAAUCUGACAUCGCCUGAGAAGAUUGAUUGUUAUAUUGAAAUUGUUUCGAAGUUUAAGGAAUUGAUGAAAUCGCGAAGGGUUUAUGAGGAAAUGGAACGAUUUGAUAGAAAAACGACGAGAGAAAUUGAUCAACUUUUAAUGCAAUUGUGA